AUGCACGACCCAACAUACCGACCUAAAGCUAAAAAUACAACAACAGUAGCACCUUCAACAACAACGGUAGCACCUGCAACAAACUCUUGUGGCUCAACAACAACAUUUUCUGUGCCAGUACGAAUAAUUCUAGAUGGUGGCUCGCAGCGUGCGUUUGUCAAAGAAAACAUUGUAACGAAACUACAACUCGACACACAUGAUACCGUUAAGCUACGUAUUUUACCAUUUGGAGAUUCGAAUAACUCUGAGCCAAAGCUCUUUAAACGCGUUCGAAUUAAACUACGUAGUUUACAUUCAGACGAGGCGAUCGAAAUCCUGGCUAUAGUCGUGCCAGAAAUUUGCUCUACUGCAUUCCAGUAUGUUCGUAGCACAGAAUUGGACAUCCUUGGCCUUAAGUUAGCGGAUACUUCAUAUUUAAAUGAAACGGAAUUCGAAAUCGGAAUGUUAAUAGGGGCCGAUAUUUACUGGUCCAUAGUAAAAGACGACUUCAAAAGAAUAACCGAUAACCUUGUCGCCAUUGACACCAUUUUCGGAUGGACACUACAAGGACCUAUAUCGACCCAAGGCACGUCAGUAACAUCUACGAAUCUCAAUGUUGGUGCAAUUGAGGACAACUCACUUGAAUCUUUAGUUGAUCGGAUUGAACGAUUAUGGGUUGUUGACGAUAUUACAUCAAAUCAUCAUAAGCUUCAAGUGGAUGAUAUUAUCGAAAAACACAUUCGGAAAAAUGGCACGCGAUAUGAAGCAUCAUUGCUAUGGAGAAACGACGAAUGCACUAUUGAUAACAACCGCGGUGGCGCUCUCAAAGGACUUCGACGUUCAUUGGUGAAGCUUAGUGAGGAUCCGGAAAAGUUAAGGCAAUACGAUGAAAUCAUACGGGAGAUGAUUUCAAGUGGUGUUGCAGAAAUUUGCGAUGAAGCAGAAAAAACCAACGAACGGACUUAUUUUAUGCGACAUCGACCGGUGCUUGGCAAACAUGGAAUUACGGCCGAUAUCGAACGAGCUUUCUUGCAGAUAGAGCUGGCACAAAAGGAUCGAAAAGUACAUCGUUUUUUCUGGAUUUUAUCCUUGGAUGAUUUGCUUUCAAUAAUCAUUCUUCAAAUGAAUAGGGUAACCUUCGGAGUCACCUGCAGCCCGUUUCAUCUGAUUGGAGCAUUGUUGAAACAUUUGGAGGAUGAAUCAAUCAAUUUUCCUGAAACCUGUGAACUACUAAAAGAAUCGUUUUAUGUGGAUGACCUAAUCGUAAGUGUUAACGAUUUUGAAGACGCUGUAAAAUUGUUCAACGAAACACGUGAAAUAUUGUCCAGAGCAUCGAUGAACAUACGUAAAUGGAAGUCGAACAACGAGAAACUAAGGCAAAUUUUCGAUACAAAUGAAAGCAACAAUAUUUCAAAACACAAGGUGUUAGGACUCAUAUGGUUUAUGGAAAUUGAUACCCUUGCAGUGGAUCUGGAAAAGCUUUGUCAACAGAUAUCUUUCGAUGUAGUAACGAAACGAACCAUUCUUCAAAACCUCAUUUUCCAAGAGGCUUGGAAACAAAGUUUGGUAUGGGAUGAAAUUUUACCGGCAUCGAUGCUGCACGAAUGGAAGAAAAGCGCAUCCGAAAUACAUUUACUACGAGCCCUUACGAUUUCUCGCUAUGUAUUCGAUUCACCACAUCAAGUUGAGAAGCAGCUACAUAUUUUCGCGGACGCGAGUCCAAAAGCUUACGGAUCUGUUGCAUACAUCAGAAGUAGGAAUUUGGAUGAAACCAUUCGCAUUUCGUUUUUAUAUGCGAAAAGUCGACUUGCGCCUAUUCGUGACAAACGCAUAACACUACCCAAAAUGGAACUAUGUGCUGAUCUGGAAGCCGCAAGGAUGCGCUGCUAUCUUGUUGAGAAAUUAAGAGUGAAAUUCGAUUCAAUAUAUUUAUGGACCGAUUCAAAAAUUACUUUAUACUGGAUUCGUAGCAGUAAAUUCCAGAAAGAUGUAUUCGUUCACAACCGAGUUCAAGAAAUUCAGCAACUAACCGCUAACGACAACUGGAAUCAUUGCCCAGGAUCAAUCAAUCCCGCAGAUCUAUUGACUCGGGGUGUUUCUGCACAAACUCUACUGAGUUGCGAGACCUGGCUUAACGGACCGUCUUGGUUAUACAACGACAUUAGUGAGUGGCCCAUAUCCGACCAAGAUUUCGAAACUCCGAUGACCGUAGUUGAUUUUUGCCUUUUAACUAUUCCUCAGUCGACCACUCAAUCUGACUGUGCAGUACCUGAUAAUCCAAUACAAAUUGAAUGA